UGGGGGCGGGCGAGCUGGGAUUUCACGUGCACCCCGCGGGAGCCUCCGAGGCACUAGGGGGCGGCAGGUUGAGAGAGCGCACGCGCGAAUCUCGCUGGCCCCACCCGAGGCGCCUCGAUCUCUCCCGGAGGGAAGACGUGGACACGGAAGUGGCUGGCGGCGGCCGUGACGGAGGCGGGAACAGGCUAGUGGGCAGCGGCGGCCGGCCACGGUAUCCCAGGCGGAGGCUGGCGGUGGCGGUGCCGGGUCCACGGAUACAAGGAGGUUGAAAAGGCCAGAGCGCGGCAUUGUCCAGGCCUCGACUGUCUAAGGUUGUACCCGGCAAACGGAUCCCCGGCCGUUAAACGGCCAUCGCGCGGAGCCUCGCGGAGCUCCUGGGCGCGUGCCCGCCGCCGGAAGCCGCCCCCUCCCCCUGCCGAGCCCGCGCUCGCCCCCGCCGCCCCCCCACUCCCCACACCUCCCGGAGCCAUGGCUAAGAGCGGAGGCAAGGGGGCUAGCCUGCGCGACAAGCUGGACGGUAACGAGCUGGACCUAAGCCUCGGAGACCUCACUGAAGUGCCCGUCAAGGAGCUGGCUGCUCUUCCAAAGGCCACAGUACUGGAUCUGUCCUGCAACAAACUGGCUUCUUUACCGUCUGAUUUCUGUGGACUAACGCAUUUGGUGAAACUGGAUCUGAGUAAAAAUCGCCUACAACAGCUGCCUGCUGACUUUGGCCGGCUGGUCAACCUACAGCACCUGGACCUCCUCAACAAUAGGCUUGUCACCUUGCCUGUCAGCUUUGCACAGCUUAAGAACCUGAAAUGGCUGGAUCUGAAGGAUAACCCUCUAGAUCCUGUCCUGGCCAAAGUAGCUGGGGAUUGCUUGGAUGAGAAGCAGUGUAAGCAGAGUGCUAUCAGGGUUCUGCAGCACAUGAAGGUUGUUCAGGCUGAUCAAGAGCGAGAGAAACAAAGGCGGCUGGAGGCCGAGAGAGAAAUAGAGAAAAAGCGGGAGGCCAAACAACGGGCCAAGGAAGCCCAAGAGCGAGAAGUGAGAAAGAAGGAGAAAGCGGAAGAGAAGGAACGUCGGAGAAAGGAGUAUGAUGCUGUCAAAGCAGCUAAUAAGAAGGAACAAGAGAAAAAACCCAAGAAGGAAACACAUCAGCCUGCAAAGGCCAAGUCUGGUUCCCGCUCUGUGAAGUCUCGCCCUCAAAAGCACUCUUGGUCCUGGGCUUUCUUAAAGCUGCUGCUGAUGGUGCUUCUCAGUGCCACAGGAGUUUUAGUUGCCUGUCAGGUGACAGAUCUACAGUGGCAGCCUUUUUGCAUCAAUGUGAACACCAUCUAUGAGAAUGUCAUCCAUGGGCUUCGCAGCCAUGAAAUCCUGCAGCGAGUCUUACAGCCAAACUCUCAGCAAUAAGUAUAUUAUCAGCAUCUGCUGCCUCAUCGUCUGUGGAGCCAGGAUUCCUAUGGAAUUGUGUUCUGCCAGACAUUACCUUUUAUAGCAUUGGACCUACUUAUCACCACCAACUGGCAUUCAAUUGGUACCUGAGACACCCAUUUUUAUGUCCUAGGAGAUCUAUGUUAGAACUUGCCUCUGUUCCUUAUGCAGGAUUCUGUUCCCUUUAGAUUUAGAAAAUGGGAAGGUGGGGGUGGGGUGGGGGGAGCAGUAGUCUGCAUGUUUAAAGGAAUAAGCUGGAGGGGAGGAGAUGAAUACCCCUCUUUUCUAAUCCAGGUAUCCAAAGCUAUGUAAAGGUGAGGCAUAUUUUUACUAAAUGGUCAGCUGUCUCCACAUUUAUAUUUUUGUAUGUCACAAACCUAUCCACUCAUAACUUCUUGGGCCAGGAUCUCACUGACGACAAAAACCAGAUCAGGAGACAACAUGUAGAACUUGCCAUUGAGAUAAAAUACCUAUUUUCUUAUAUAUCAGACACUAAAGCAAUUUGGUAACCACAGAAAUAAUGGAUUUUUUGAUAGCCAGAUUGGGUCUUGGCAACCAUUUAGUCUAACCCCUUGAUUUUAUAGUGACUUAAGCAGUGACAAAGCCUGAAUCCAUCUGUCCCAAUCCAGUGUUGAAACUUUUCAACAUAUCCAAACUCUCAGGAGGCUAGAUAUGGCCUGGCUUAUUAGCACCGAAGAAAGAAAUCACCUUUGACUGAUCAGUGGUGACCAAGAACUAGUUUUUUUAGCCUGCCAUAGGCCUUUGUUGUAGCUCAUGCUAACUUUUACAUUCCUGCCACUUCCAGAAAACCAGGGCUAUCUGAAGAGUCAUCCUUAUAAUAGAAAAGGAAACCUUUUUGUCGCUGCUUAUCUAGAGGUCAAGAAAAGAAGCCAGAUUAUCUGCAGCAUGCGUCAUUCUUGGAGUAGAUGCUGCUUUACUGAGACUAAGACUUAUAAACAAGUUUAGUUUCUGUUCCCCUGCUUCUUAGCACAAGGUUUAUGAGGUAGGAUAUAAGCAAUACUGUGCAAAAUUUAAAAUUUUGCCUCUUAAAGCCAGCCAGAGCUGUCUCAAAGCCAGUUUAAGCUAGAUUAAAUAUGGGGUUAAUUUCGCUUUAGGUCUUUUUCUCAGGGAGAAAGGGAUAAUCUUUGCCCCUUGAUGAUGCUUAUUCACUGGAAAAAUUCCCGUUUUAAAAAGAAAAACUGGGACAGCAAAGGGAAAACACCACCAACCAUCCCAGAGAUAAAACCAAGUGUUUUAGCACAGUGAUAGGGAACUCUGCCUACCUGUAAGGGCUCUCCUAGCAUUGAGAAAUGAUUUUUAUUUCCUAUUUUCACUAUUUCUAUUUGAAACACUGCACAAGUGGUAGUAAAAAAUGACUUUUUUUUUCCCUUCAGGCACUGGGACCAUUUUUCUAAUUACUUUAUUGUAUAAGCACAUAACUAAGUACACAAAGUUAUACCGUGAUCCACCCCCUGCCCAGAUGAUAGGUAUUACCAUUCCAUGUUAGGUGAGGGAAUUGGUUAUAGUGAGCAAGCCCACAGAUGAACCCACUAAGAGCUUUAACUUUCCAUUCCAAUCACAAUUGUUAGAAUUUCCUAAACUUUAUAAUGGACAGUUUUUAGGUUUUUAUAAUUGUUAUUAAAUAAGUGUCUUGUGGGAUAUCUUUGAUCCAUUUGCAUGUAGAUUUAACUUUUUGCCUAGUUUGUUGGGUAGGGAAGGAUUUCAUAAAUUGACAAUGGGGGACAGGUCUCUGGAUCAUCCUCCUAUAUUUAGUCAUGUUAGCUUCCAUCAGGAAGGGAAAUGAAGUUGAACUGACAGGAUCACUGCUCCCAUUUAUUCCUACAAAAGGAUAUUAGAGUAUUUUCAACCAUCAAUUUUGAUUAGGAGUCAUUCUGUGCCAUCCAGAAUGAGUUCUGGCUGCAAAGUGGUCAUCUGAAAAUAGAUGCGCCUAGAGAUCUCUGGUCCAACUCGACGAGAAGUAGAUGUUACACCUUCUCCUCGGCGCACUUGGAUGUCUGCAAGUAGAUUGUGACAUUCUUGCUCGGAUAAACACUGCUGAUAUGCCUAAAAAAACCCAAUAAAUGAGAUAAUUAGCCCUUA